GUGGAAGAAGUCUUCCUGUUGUCUUUGGACUGUUUGCUGACCUAGAGGUGCCACGUGCAACCCAUGGGGGUUGCUACCUCUCUUCCAGGUUUUCCUGUGCCUCAUCUGGUUGCAGGAAACAGACCGAAGGAGUAGAAGGCUUCAGGGGAGCCCUGACCUAGGGACAGCUUGAUGGCCCUGGGUGAAGAAAAGGCAGAGCUGGAAGUAUCUGCAGAUGCAAAGGCCCAGUCCUGUGGGAGAUGGAGCCGUGGGGAGCAAAAGGUGGAUGUGCCGGGGCCCAUGAACCAGGAGCAGCCCCAAUGCCUAGAGGCUGAAGGAGGGCCGGCCUCUCCUGUGUGGGGGGCGGAGGGGCUACCUACCCCUGACGGCACCUGCAGAGCUUACCUGCCACAGGCCAACGCUGCCAGCAGAGCAGCUGUUAGGUCUAGGCCUGCCCCCAGUGGCCUGCUUCCUCCUGCCAGCGUGGGAACUGGAGACCUCUUGCACUCUGUGGAAAGCCAGAUGGAGGAGACCAAGCCUUCUACCUCCCAGGAGCUACUACCUCAGAGUGUUGACAUGCCCAGAACUACAGCUCUUUGCUCAGGACAUGAGGCUGAUACUGAAGAUGACCCUUCCCCAGUUGGUUCCCCCUGGGUGCUCAGCCAACAGCCUCAAAUCUCACGUUUCCCUUUCCCAUCACCAUGGAAGUCCGUCGUAAGCCCAGGGGCUGCUGCUCCUCAACUGUCCAGCUGCAGUGUUUCUGCCUCCUCCUCAGGCAGCAGUCUCCAGAAUCAGCAAGAGAAGGUGGAAACCCAGAAUGACUCCCUUACCAAGAUCCCCUCCUCCCUGGAGCUGGCUGUCCCUCAGAAUCCCCCUUCUCUGGUGGGGUCAGGGCCUCAGCUCCAGUGGUCAUCACAGUCUGCAGCUUCUGGGUGUGAUGCUACUGGCUUGGGCCGGAGGCACCUCUCCUUCCAGGCUGAGUACUGGGCCUGUGUGCUUCCGGAUUCCUUGCCUCCUUCCCCUGAUCGCCACUCCCCGCUCUGGAACCCAAAUAAAGAGUAUGAAGACCUGCUGGACUAUACUUACCCCCUGAGGCCUGGGCCUCAGCUCCCAAAGCAACUUGAUAGCCAUGUGCCAGCUGACCCUGUCCUGCAGGACUCAGGUGUAGACCUGGAUAGCUUCUCUGUCUCUCCAGCAAGUACUCUGAAAUCACCCACUAAUGUCUCCCCCAACUGCCCACCAGCACAGGCCCCUACCUUGCCAUUUUCUGGGCCUAGAGAGCCAAGCCUUAAGCAGUGGCCCUCUGAAGUGUCUCAAAAUCAGGGCAGCAUGAGCCUGGCAUCUUGGAGCCAACUUGCAUCCACCCCUAAAGUCCCAGGAAGUAGAGAUGCCUCUUGGGAGAGCAGAGAGACAGCCUUGAGGGGCGUGAAGAAUCGGCUUCCUGUGGGUGAACACCUCGAGGUGGGCGGUUCUCCCCAGCUGAGGACAAGGGACAGAAGGUGUCCUUCACCCAGGCCAGAAAGGGAGAAGAGGGCCUACCACAGUGUCCGGCGCCCUGCCUACAUGGAUUCUAGAUGGAAAUCAGAAGAAGAGGUGGAGAAUGACGAUGAGUUUCUUGCCCUGCCCACUCGGCUGACACAGGUUUCUAGUUUGGUUUCCUAUCUAGAUGCCAUUCCCACCUUGGUGACCCUGCCCCCUGGAGUCGCUGAGGGGCAGAGUUCCCUGGAAGUAUCAGACACUGAUGGGCCAGCUUCCCUUCCAUCGGACUCCAGCCAGAGCCAGCUUCCUUCUGGGACUACUGUCCAAGGACCUGGAUGUCCCAAGGGACAUAACCACUGCUGCCUGCACAACUUUGUCCAGGCCCGAGACUCGGCAGGGGAAGGCAAUCUGGUGAGCAGCCACGUGCUUGGGGUCUCUUCUAGACUGCUGAAAACACACCCCUCCUUGCCAGCUGUGUUGGACAGGUGGCCAUUCUUGGACCCAGAUGCUGAAAGGCAGGAUCCCAGAAAAGAGCAGGGGAAAGCCUCCCUGUUGCAGUGUGUACAGACGUUUUGCUGUCAGCUGGAAGAGCUGAUCCGCUGGCUGUAUGAUGUCUCAGAUGUCAUUAACCUUGGGUCUCCACCCAGGUCUAGUCUUACAGGUCUCAAGUCUUCUCUGCAGCUUUACCGGCAAUUUAAGAAUGAUAUAGAUGAACAUCAGUUCCUGACAGACAGUGUCUUACAGAAGGGGGAGAUUCUUCUUCAGUGCCUAUUGGAGAACACACCAGUUUUAAAGGAUGUCCUUGGGAGGAUCGAGAAGCAGUCUGGUGAGCUGGAGAGCCAUGCAGAUCGCCUUUAUGACUCUAUCUUGGCCUCUGUGGACAUGCUGGCUGGCUGCACCCUUAUCCCUGACAGUAAGCCAGUGACAGCAAAGGAGCGCCCAUGUGAAGGGGUUUAACCCGGCAUCUUCUCAGGAAAAGAAGAAAUUGUCAGCCAAAAGUUGACUCUUGGGAAGGAAACUGUCAAGAAGUACUUGCAAGAGCCAUUUAACAGUUAAGUCAAGGGAAAAAUGUUAAUGUAUUUUUAGCUUUAAAUGCCUUUCUCUUCUCUGAAGUAAGGGCUAUUAAAUUGCUGGUUUUAUUUACAAAGAAUCCUUCCAAACUAUAUUCUUUUUGGUGCUUUUCCACAGAAAGCAUGUGGCUUUGCAACUUUUGUUAAAAUAAGAUUUACAGUUACAGGCCUUGCCUCCCCUAUGUCCAGUUUUUAAAAAGAAAAAAAAAGAGCUCCUAAACUCUUCUUCCUGCUAAGAUUAUUCACAGAAGGCUGCUUUGAGAAAGAAGGUUCCAAAUACUUGGUAUUCUCAGACACAAAAAGGGAUCAAGUGAGGCUUAGUAAGUUCCUUUUUGAAAAUUUUAGCCCUCAGUCUGCAAAAGAAAAGGGGUAAAUGAAUAGAACUUCUACAGAUUACUUUGGGCAAUUGUGACAUCUUUUGCCAUCUUCAGGGCUUGGGUCUCCACCUUCCUGGCCUAGUAUCUUAAAAGAAAAUGUGUCUGGGAAUUAGAGAACUGCCAUUGUGCUUCAGCAUGGCUAAGGAGCUAAGGAUCAAACUUAGGGUAUCUCUGGGAGGAGGAUCCUGUCCCUCCACUCCUACUCCCUUGGAAGACUAGUGCAAGGUCAGGGAAGUGAAUGGAUAGGAUCACACGGCCUGUUUCACUAUAGAAACUAAAACUGUCAAUAAAGGAAAAAAGGGAAUUCUUUGUUGCUUGGGAGUUGGCCUGUUAAGUACCUUGUCAGAAAAGGGAAAAAUAUGCAUGGAUAUAAAUAUAUUUAAAGCAUUAUCUGUAGCUUUUUGAAGCAAAGCAGUGUUUUGCUAGUGACCACAGAAUCUUUAAAAAAAAAAAAAGGCACUUAAAAAGUUUCUGACAUUGAAAGAAUAUCAAAGAAACAACAUUAAUAGGAUCCUAUUCAAUGUGACUUUU